AUGGUUGAGGUUAUACCAAUGGAAGAUAGACAUAUAACUCAGCAUCAAUCUACCAUCAAUCUACCGGAUAAUACCAAUAUAGAACUAGCGGGACAAGAUCAUUCUAUCGAAAGUGUCAAAUAUGUAUUAUUUAAGCGAUUGUGUAUUUGUUUAUCUGUUUUUCUAUUCGUUGGAAUAUCAACAACUGCUGGUAUACUCAUCGUUUGCUUUACUAUAACAAUAUAUCAAACGCCAAGUUGUCUUCCAACAUAUCAACCAUUACUCAAACAGCCAGUUCAAACAAAUUCCUUGACACGUUCAACAGCAACAGGUCAUCUCAAUGGCGAUGAUCAUUUAGAUCUCGUCGUUGCUAAUUAUGGCUCGCAUUCCAUUGGAAUCUUCUUUGGAUAUUCAAACGGAACAUUUAAUAAACAAAUUCCAUACUCAACCGGAGUAUUGUCAUUUCCAUCUUUCGUUGAUGUUUUUGAUAUGAAUAACGAUACUUUCCCGGAUGUGAUUGUUGCGAAUUAUGGAACCCAUUCGAUUGGAAUCUUUUUCGGUCAGGGAAACGGAUCAUUCAAUGAUCAAAUCACGUUCUCAACGGGUGUUUCUCGUCCAUUGUCAUUCGCGAUCGGAGAUUUGAAUAGUGAUCAACUUGUUGAUAUCGCAAUUGUUAAUUACGGAACGCAAAGUAUUGGAAUCUCAUUCGGAUUACAAAACAAACAGUGGUCAUUGCCAGUGGACUAUUCAACUGGUUACGAUUCUUAUCCAACAUCACUUGCAAUUGGUGAUUUGAAUAAUGAUCAAAUUCAAGAUAUUGUUGUGACGAAUUAUGGCAUCANUUAA